GAAGAAGUAUAAAUAUCCCGAGCAAAGAAAGUGACCAUCUGUGGGAUUUCGGAGGCAGAAGAGCCAAGAGGUGAGGACAUCAGGAGUCCAGCCGCCCUUCAAGACAACACCAUGGCAUGUCACAGGCCCCUCCUGCUUUUCCUCUGCAUAAUGAUCAUCGCCACUAUCCACUUGUCCAAAGCUCAGCACUGGUCCCACGGCUGGUACCCUGGAGGGAAGAGAGAGGUUGACCUGUCCCAGAGCCCAGAGGUCUCUGAAGAUAUCAAGCUAUGUGACGGGGACGACUGUACUUAUCUGAAGAUCCCAAGAGAGAAAAUCGUGACCAGCCUCUUGGCCGACUUGCUAGCGAAGCACCUCCAGAAGAAGAAAUGACCCGUUGUGUGUUUUUGAAAACGUUUUGCAUCUGAACAGAAGGCUCACCUUAAUGUGCUCCAUUUGUGGACUUGCUGUGUUCACUCACGUCUGAAAUCCUUAUGGGCUCUGCUCAAGUACCCAGCAUGUGAAUUUUAGCCCCUUAGUGGCUGGAAAAAGUUUGCGUUAAAUGCCACCCAGCCAGAAUGACAAUUUGCAAGGAGUUCUCUUUAUGUUGGUGUAAAACUCCAGUAUGUUCAAUAAAAUACUUU